CACGGUGUCUGCCGAGACGGAGGUGGAAUGAAGAGUCAUGGGGCUGAGUUCUCGCCCGUGGCUGUCUAGGCACUUUCCGACCAGCUCAAGACGACGACGCCGCUUCGAGAUUGGGUUUUGCCGGUUCCCGGAACAACUCUCAUCAGACUCGCCAUACUUCUAUUCUCAUGGCGGCUUUCUAAGCAUCCAGACUUGCAGGUCCGGAAACCCCGUUUUUAGGUCCGUGUACGCUACGGUUUCGACGAUAUGAUGAUAAAGACAGUCCUUUGGGCCCUUCUGCUGGCUUGCACGCACAACAUCGGCGUUCUCGCGGCCGUCACGUUCACCAACACCGAGUACUACAUCUACGCGGGCUCGCCCUUCACAGUAACAUGGACGGGCAACCGUGCGCCCAUCACCCUCACGCUCAUGAACGGGCCAGACGAAAACCUCCAGACGGUCCUGACUAUCGUCUCGGACUACAGCGGCCAAGACUACACCUGGACGCCGCCCGCCGAGCUGCCCGCGGACUCGUACAUUCUGCGGCUCGAGGAUGGCGGGAGCACCGACUACUCGGCCCGCUUCCGAUACCCGUCCCCGCCGUUGAGCAGUGGCACCACGACUAUCAGAGGAUCUACUACAACAACGCCGCCCUCCUCAGCCUUCCCCUCCGUAACCACGUCCCCCGCCCCAGCCCCCUCAGAUCCCUCCUCCUCCCCCUCCGAAAUUUUCUCCACCCCAGCCAAAGCCAUCAUCGCCGCGCUAGGCAGCCUCCUCCUCCUCGCCCUCAUCGCCCUCCUCACCUACUGCGUGGCCUAUCGCCGACAGAAACAACGCCGAGACCGAGAAAAGAAGGCGGCCGAGGCGGCUUCGUUUGGCGGCGGCUCAUUGGUAGACGCCGAUGGUCAUGAACUAAUGCCGGCGCCGCUGCUCACCAGCCGUAGCGCGGGACUUGAGUGUGGCGAUCUAGGCGGGUAUUCCAGUUACCAUCAUGACGCACUGGCGAUGAGUCCGGAUACUGUUAUUGGUAGUAGUCAGAUGGUGCAUAUGAAGGUUGAUGGUGCAGCUGCCGUGUAUCCUCUUCAGGGUCAGGGUCAGCUGGGCGGGAACUAUGGGAGGGUGCCGGCGGAGCUUGGGGGGAGGGAUAUGAUUGAGUUGAGUGCCGAGGGGGAGUAUCUGAAGUGA